CUACUUCUCGGAAUUGGCACAAUGAAGUGUUUUAUUGUUUUAUUGAUGUUUGUUGCAAUUAAUGGGCUUGCUGUGGUGGCGGCGGUAGAUGAUUCGAAUAUUGCCAAUCAGCACAAUAUCCAGACCCAACCAUUGCCCGGCAAUAUUGCUGUCGAUGAGGUCGUUGUCGAAUCAUCGCUGUACAUCAAACCCAAACCUCGCCCUCAACUGAGACGCACUCGCAGUGCCAUCUUUGCCGAAUUCAACAAUAAUCUGGUGCCAUUGAUUUUGCAUCGUCGUGUUAAGCGCCAAUUUCAACAAUCACAAGCCAUUUCUAAUGCAUUUGCCAAUCAAAACUUGGCCUCACCCUUUGGAUUCCAAAACUCGGCUGCCAAUGCUCAAGCUCAGGCAUUCAAUUCCCAAGGACCGGCAGGCUCAUUUGGUGCUUCGGCGGCUGGUACAGGCACUCAAGCCUUUAAUGCUAAUCGUUUUGGCGCACAAAAUUCAGCCGCUGCCUCACACACAUUGAAUUUUAAUUUACCCAAUGGACAGACGAUUAAUUUUGCUUCGACCAAUAGUUUUGCCAACGGGCCGGCUGGAAACAUUGCCAAUAGUAGAGGUAGUGCGGUGUCAGUUAAUUAA